AUGGCGGGCUGCGAGGACGACGAUGACCCGAAGCGAGAGAAGAGUUCGAUAUCCUUCACGAGCUUCAAUUACAUCAACUCGAUCGUCGGCAGCGGUGUUAUAGGAAUGCCCUUAGCCCUACACGAGGCAGGCUUCGGGGUCGGCCUCCUCCUGCUGGUGCUGGUGUCUCUCAUCACGGACGCCUCCCUCUGCCUCAUGAUCGCUGUGGCGCGGACCGUGCAGGCCAACACGUACCAGGAGCUCGUCAGCAGGGCCUUCGGAAGACCCGGUUUCAUCGUGACGUCUUGCCUGCAGUUCCUCUACCCUUUCAUCUCACUCAUCAGUUACAACAUCAUUGUAGGCGACACAAUGACUAAAGUGCUCAUUCGAGUAUCAGGAAUCGGUGAAGAGUCUGUGCUCGCGAGGCGUGAAUUCAUCAUGGCUGCUUCCACCUUGCUGAUUACCCUUCCUCUUUCUCUGUACAGGAACAUCACUCGCCUGGCAAAGAUUUCCCUGACGUCUGUGGUCAUGAUUGUGGUCAUUGUGGUGGCCAUGCUGGUCAGGAUGAGCACCAUGAGGGGUAUUGUCCCGGCCACCCCCGACGCCUGGCAGUUCGGCGGCACCAACCUCGCCUCGGCCAUCGGGAUCAUGAGCUUCGCCUUCAUGUGCCACCACUCCAGCUUCCUCGUGUACGAAUCCCUGGCGGACAACACGCAGGAGCGCUGGAAUAAGGUGACUCACAUCUCGAUUGCUUCUGCUGCAGUCCUCAGCUUAGUGUUUGCCGUGGCAGGAUACGUGACGUUCACAGGAUUUGCACAAGGUGACGUCUUCGAGAACUACUGCUGGGCCGACGACCUCAUGAACAUCUGCCGCGGUUUCUACGCCGUCACCAUCCUGCUGACGUUCCCGAUCGAGUGCUUCGUGGCCAGGGACGUUCUCGAGACGGCGUUCUUCCAGGACUACCAACCGCAGCCGUUCUUCCGCCACGCCGUUCUCUCGGUCCUCAUCGCCCUGCUCUGCAUGCUGCUCUCGCUCGCGACGGACUGCCUCGGCAUCGUGCUCGAGCUCAACAUAUCACAGAUGUUUAAGUGUCCAGAUGUUUAG